AUGAUAUCUAAGCUGUUGGUGGCAUUGGUGCUAUGUUGGGGUGUACAAAGUUUUCCGGAUGGUGCACCUAUAGAUACCUGUGUAAAGGAGAGGCAGAAUCAACCUAAUCAUGGACAACACAGAACACAACCAAUAUCUUCACUACCGUACAGAGUUGUAGCUUCAUCGAUGUUAUUUGGUCCGAAUACCCCAAUAACAGUAACAAUUGAAGGAGCGGAAACGUUUAAGGGCUUCUUUUUACAAGCCCGCUCCAUCGACACUGAUCAGUGGAUCGGCACCUGGGAAAACGCACCUAAUACGACGAUACAUCCUGAAUGUUCGUCCAUCACUCAUGCUGACCCUAAAGAGAAAUUGAGAGCGGUUUUGCUGUGGAGGGCACCUCCAGACGCACAGGGCAGAGUUUAUUUCACGGGAACUGUACUGAAGAACUACAGCACGUUUUGGUCUAAUCUCAUAGCAGAGGCGCCUCAAGAUGCAGCACAACUCCAAAUAUUGGGCUGAACGCAGACACA